AUCGUCAAAUGUCAGUUCGUGUUCCACGCCAUUUUGCAUCUUUACAAUCGAUUUCGCUUUAACAAUUUAACUUUAAAUUGUUUUGUAGUUUUACGUUUAGUUUAUAAUUGUGAGUACACUAUUGGAUGCUGAUAUGUAAAUAAUAUAAAUUAUUUAUUGCAGAUAUAUAAUACAUUUUUUUAAAGUUUGAUAAAAAUGGCAUAUGUGCAAAUUGCUGAAGAUGAAACAAGUGAACCAGUGGAAUUACCGCUCGAAGAGGAUGGAACCCUGCUCUUAUCUACUUUGACCGGACAAUAUCCAGGAGCUUCGGGUUUGAAAUUUCAUAACCCGGGUUCAAAAGCUAUGCGUGGCCUUAGAUUAGCUGAUGGCAGAUUACACCCCCCAACUCAAAGUGGUUGGCCAGACGAAGUUUUCUUCUGCGUCUUUCCAAAAGAAAACAAACGAAAAUCAGAUGAUACUUUAGAAAGUUCAACAGCUAAAACUAAACGCGUGGAAAGUAAGACACGUACAACUGAUUUAGUUGUAUUGGGGAUACCUUGGAAAGUUACUGAGGAUGAGCUGAGAAAGCAUUUUGAAAACUUUGGGGAAGUUCUUAUGGUGCAUGUUAAGAAGGACAAAGCUGGCCAAUCAAAAGGAUUUGGAUUUGUACGAAUGGGCUCAUAUGGUGCUCAAGUUAAAGUUUUAUCUCAGAGGCAUAUGAUUGAUGGUAGAUGGUGCGAUGUCCGAAUUCCCGGCCCCAAGGUUUCUCAGGAAGGCACAGGUAGACUAUUGCCUUCUAAAGUCUUUGUGGGUAGAUGUACCGAAGAAAUGACUGCUGAAGAUAUUCGUGAUUAUUUCUCACAAUUUGGUGAAGUGGUCGAUGUUUACAUUCCCAAGCCAUUCAGAGCAUUCAGUUUUGUUACUUUCCUUGAUCCGGAAGUAGCACAAAGUUUAUGUGGAGAAGAUCACAUUCUCAAUGGUGUGUCUGUUCAUGUGUCGACAGCGGCUCCAAAAUCAGAACUAAAUAAGAUGCAAAACAAUAAAAACAAUAAUGGACAAAUGAAUCAGAAUGGCAGACCUAAUGAUGGCAAUUAUACUGGUAAUGGAAUUGGUCAACCGAUCAAUGUUUUAAAUAGUAAUGAUUCUUACCAAGGACGUGGCAACAUGGAUAUGCCUAACCUGCAAACACUUGGAUUAAAUUCCCAAGGGCAAAAUACCAAUGGGCAAAAUCUUGCCAAUAUGGGUUUAGCAGCGCUUAAUGCCCUUCCCAUGAAUCCUGCUCUUGUUGCAGCAGCCCUUAAUCAAGUUGGAUGGGGAGGUUUACUUGGCAAUCUUCAGCAGCAAUUACCCCCAGGAAAUUCAGGAAAUAAUCAAGGGUUUAGCCCAGGCCCAAUAAAUAACUAUGGUUCACCAGGACCGAACAAUCAACAGCAACCGGGUCAGAACGGUCCAACUAACAAUUAUUUGAACUGGAUGCCACAACAUCCUAAUGGUAGCCAACAGACAUUUUGACUUGGAUUUCGUUACUUGCUGCAUAAAGACUGGACAUAAUUUUUGGCAAUUUUUAUUUGUGGUAUGUGAGUAAAUAUUGGAUGUGAUACUACAAUGUAUAUUGAAUGACUUUAUAUAACAUUUU